CCAUGGUAUGACUAUAUAUCACGGACUUGCUCUACAUCCUCAAAAACAUUUAUUUGGAGACCGCAUAUACUUCUAUACGAGCCUGAUGAGCAAAGAGCAAAUAUUCUAAUGGAGUAAUUAAAAAAAAGAGAUAGUUGUGGAAAGAAGAAACAAUGGGGAUAGUGAGAACAGUGGAGAGACGAAAAGCAGAGCUUGAAGAGUUCCAACGUAUGUUACGGACCUUUCAUAGAAAGCCAGAGGAGGUGAGGAUUGCAAGCUCUACAGAAGAUAAAGUGGUGUGUAUAACAAGUGGGAUCUCUUUCUUGGGCCUUUGGAUUGCCAAUGAGCUGCUCGUUAAAGGCUAUUCCGUGCGCCUUGCAGUUGAAAAUGAAGAGGACUUGCUAAAGUUGAGAGAAAUGGAAGUGUUCACAGGCACAAGGAGCGAUGUGGUAGCCGUUAUGGCAAAUGUAAUGGAGAUAGAUAGCUUAUGUGAAGCCUUCAAUGGGUGUCGAGGCGUCUUCCACACCUCAGCCUUUGUUGAUCCUGGGGGCAUUUCGGGGUAUUCGAAACAUAUGGUGAAUUUAGAAGCAAAAGCUGCGGAAAAUGUGAUCGAGGCAUGUGCGAGGACCCCAUCAGUAAGAAAGUGCGUUUUUACAUCUUCUCUCUUGGCUUGUGUUUGGAGAGAAGUAUCUGGUCCGUCUGGUUCAGUUUUGGAUGAGAAAUGUUGGAGUGAAGAAAGAGUUUGCCAGGAAAAGAAGCUGUGGUUUGCACUGGGAAAGACAAUGGGAGAGAAAGCUGGAUGGAGAAAAGCCCGAGAAAGAGAGGUGAACAUGGUGUCCAUUUGCCCAGGCCUCAUAACUGGCCCUUCAUUUCAUCUUAGAAACUCUACAUGGUCCAUGGCGUACCUUAAAGGUGCAAGGGAGAUGUAUGAGAAGGGAGUGCUUGCUAGUGUGGAUGUGAGCAUGGCAGCAGAGGCACAUGUAUAUUUGUAUGAGAACAUGGAGUACGGAGCGUGUGGACGCUACAUUUGCUUUGAUCGUGUGAUCAUUAGAGCCGAAGAAGCCAUUGAUUUGCAAGAGAAGAUGGCGGUCACAAUCCUUAGAGAAGGAGAGGGUGACUCCUUGGCUUUGCCAGUCCUGAGCAAUUCCAAGCUCUCUAGAUUGAUGUCUUCUUCUUUCCAGAGAUGCUCUCAAUUCUCAGAGAGCCUUUGAAAUUUGAGAAGGAAGAAAGCAUUUUACUUUGAGGGGUUACAUGUUUGAUUUUCCAUUGCCGCUUUGGAGAAGGAAAAAUGAGAAAAUAGGUAGAGUUAAAGGGAAGCCUAACAUUGGUGAUCCUGUGAAUCUUGGACACAAGAUUUUGGUGUAAAUAUUGGUAGCUUUAUAUGGCAAAAGUCUGAUAGUAUUUCUGUGCC